CCCGCCAUCCAUCAGCGAACUCCACUACCCGACCAAUUUUCGCACUCUCCCCUUAGGGGUGCCUCAUGUGCCAGCUCUCUUCCCAGCCGUUGCUCCGUGCGUGUCUACGUUAUGUCGUUUUCUCCGUUGUACUACGAUCUGGUGUGCGGUUCUAUUAACGUGCUCGGUUCGGACGCGCCAUUCGACCCAAACUCCAUUCUCUGACAGUGACUAAGCUGACGUUCCCUGUUUGUCGCAGCGUUAGUCAGCUAGCCAGCUGAGAAGACAGACAAGUGUCAGCACUAUAACAACAGCAGCGGCGGCGGCGGUGGCGCAAGUGGCGUCAGCAGUGGUCAGAAUAGCGCAGAAAGAGCGCUCCGGGAGGCAGAAAGGGGGCCGUUGGCGAGAAGAAUUAGUGACAAAUAUCCUAACUGAGGGCCGCAGCAGCAGGAGAAGUCACCAAUGAACAAAUAGAACAGCGACAGAAUUGUUGUGAGUGGCGCUUGCCGUGCCGGCUUCGACCAGCCGGAGAUCCAGCUCGCUGUUGAGGCAGCAGCUUCGGUACGAAAACUGCUGGUGGAACGUGAAAGGGUCAUAACGAAGAGUAAAGCGGUCAUUGGAUACAUUUUGACCGGUUCGGCUACUGUCACUCGAAAGAUGGCACGGGACCCUUAUUCAACUGUUAACAAUACUACUAUAUAGGACUUUCGUUGGUAGCCAUAGCGGCAGACGGUGGGGGAGUGUGGUUGAUUCGCUGUCGUCAAAUAACGCCAGAAGAGUCGGCGGGCCUGUUUCUUUGUCGUGAUACCGUUUUUGCCAUCUGUUUAUGUUAAAUUCGUUGGAUACUUCUCGGGGCUGCUAUAUGUUAUCGUGCUAGGAGUCACGAUUUUAGUGUUGCCUUUUCCUGUACGCCUUAUCCUUUCGUAGUUUCCUUCUGAACUCUUGCGUCUGUCACCUUGUCGCACUGAUGGAAUACUAAGCAGUUCGCAAAUUAAUCUGGCCAACACUAAAACUGGCGGUGUGCUUCCCGUCCAGCCCAUACCUUCUACAAUAGCGGCUGCCAGUAUAUCUUGCCGCUUGCUUGUGGUUGAAGCGUUGCUCCUAUCAAGCGGAACGACUUAUGCUUCCAACUAUUACUUCACAACAGUUUUUAGUUAAGCUACUACUUAAAGCAACAAAAAUUCGUCUAAAGGAAUUCUUUUUGGUAGAACGUCGCCGUGGAUAACGGAAGGCCGCAGCGAAAAGCCGAAUGCAGCAGAGGGAUCCUUCGAGCACGACACGAAGGCAGGCGAAGUUCGCGGCCGUCGUCACCACAGGACCCGUUUAUCCGUUGUCUUGUCCCUCGUGUCCGGAUAAUUAUUAUUGUUAAUUCUACCGAGUUUUCUACCGACCUACCGAGUUUUCCCGUUUCGUCGAGCUGAUUCGUCGUUUCACUUGCUGCGGCUGUUAAUCGUUAUUGGUGUUGUUGUUUGUGUUAUUGUUGUGCUCUAGUAGCGUGUGCGUAUUCGUCGCGCGUUUGCCUGUGCCUUUACGUCUUCAGUCUAACUUUAUCUAGGCUGCCUGUUCGAAAGCGAGGAGAGGGAAGUUUUUGUUGCUGCUGCUGACAACGACGACAACGUAAGGAAAUCACAGCAUAUGAACAAAUAAAUGAUACAGGUUAAUGGCAUCAUUUGUAGUGGAGUAAGUGGCAUCGCCGAAGGCUUGAAUUAACGAAGUCAGCGCUGCUUGAAGGCGAUAACAGGUCGAGGUAAAGCGGAUCACGGUGAGCUUUAGAAGCGAGAACAGCCACAAGCGGGUGAAUGGAAGUUUUGUAGGGAGCUAUUUUAUACUGAUUUAUUGACCGGAGCGACGACACAAUUCGCGUAACCUCAUCAUUAUGCCUCGUUGUCAUUCCUGGUAAAUCUCAGGCUCCGCAUAGCUUUCCUUUAUUCGACUUUGCUGAAUUGUCGGUGUCAGUAAGAGGCGGCAGGACGGACUUCUGUUUGGACUACUAAAUGUUUGGUUAUGACGGCAACUGCAACAUCGACCACAACUAUCGGAUCAGCGCAAUGCCGACUGUCAGCUGUCUCUUCCACGGCAGACUUCAAUACCACUACUAAGUGAUUCGUCACUUUUGAAGAGUUACCAUUUUCAGCCAUAGUACGGUGGUGUAGUGACUCAUUUGAGGAGGCGACGGAUUGGUUAUUUCCGACGUUAUGCUGAAGGUUGACCAAGGACGUGGUAGCUUGGCGUCGUUAAAUCCUGGCCUAUAGGAGUAUACGGAUGAAGUUACCUAACGCAAUAUCAAGUUCCAUUGAUUAAUUUUGGCCUGAUCUGGUUAUCAUAAUUACAGAGGAUCUCAAGAUGAUGCAAGUAAGCUCUGCGCAUACGCAUAGAAAUCACAAGCUAAGAACCAUAAGCCCGCGGAUACAUUCGUUGGAUCGGCGUCAUCUAAUACUGCCCGCUAUAUGUUUAAAUUUUCCCUCUGCGAGCUCUUCCCUAUUAGUUUCCGAUAUUCAACAAAGUUUGAACGAAACGAAAGUCUGCGCCGUAUAUUGUGGUUCCGGUCAAGGUGGUGUAAAGCUGAAGGCAGGUGAAGAGUGUCUAGUAUCGCUGUCUUCGGCCGAAAAGAUCUCCGCCCAGGACAACAUUAGUUACAACAAUUCCAAGGCGAACCAGCUAUACCACGGCGGCACGAUGGCAUCCUCACUCAAAAUACGAUUCGGCGGUGUCAAUGGAGGGAGUGGAAUUCCGGUGGCCUUGCUGAUGCUACAUUCUCGCCGUUGGGCGAUUGUGAUUUUCCUGGCAGGUUUAUGCCUCGCUCUUUAUGUGCUGCUACCGCCAGGGUGGUUCUGUCGGAGCGUUUGCGGACGAUACGGUUCAGGGGGCACAUGGGACACAAUAGACGCUCAUUAUAGAGCAAGCGAUAGACUUAUCACGAACAAGAGUGGAGCACGUGUUAAAUACAAUACAGAUAUGCCGCUAAUUUUCGUCGGAGGAAUGCCACGAAGUGGAACAACCCUUAUUCGAGUACUUCUUGAUGCCCAUCCGGAUGUACGUUGCGGAGAAGAGACUAGGAUCAUCCCCAGGCUGCUGAGUAUGAAACAGCAGUGGACGAAAAACCCUACAGAGAUGAACCGCCUUCUCGAGGGCGGUAUCACCAACGAGGUCAUCGAUAGCGCUGUUUCCUCCUUCAUCCUUGAGGUGAUCGUCCGUCAUGGGGAGCCUGCACCUCGUUUGUGUAACAAGGACCCGUUCACGUUACGAGCGGCAACAUAUCUACAUCAGCUUUUCCCUAAAGCCAAAUUCAUCCUAAUGAUACGCGAUGGCCGAGCAGUCGUUCACUCAAUCAUUACACGAAAAGUGACUAUAACAGGUUAUGAUCUGACGAGUUAUCGACAAUGUUUGAAAAAGUGGAACCAGGCAAUGACGAGCAUGUACACCCAAUGUCAACAACUAGGGACCAAAUGGUGUUUGCCAGUAUAUUAUGAACAACUUGUACUUCACCCGCGGCCUUGGCUCGAAAAGAUCCUUAACUUUCUUGACGUUCCGUGGAGCGAUGAUGUCCUUCGUCACGACAAGCUGGUUAACAAGCCCGGAGGAAUCUCACUCUCGAUGUUGGAAAGAUCGACAGAUCAGGUGAUCAAACCAAUUAACAUGGAAGCCCUUUCGAAAUGGGUCGGAGCGAUUCCCAAAGAUGUCGUCAAGGAUAUGGCACUAAUUGCGCCCAUGUUGGAAUAUUUAGGCUACGACCCUGCCGCGAAUCCACCCGACUAUGGUAAGCCCGAUUCGUUCGUACUGAACAACACGAAAUCGAUUAAGCAGAAUGUCGAAGAAUGGCGAGCUAAGGAAAAUGUCGUUGAACGUGAACGUGAAGCUUUGCGACGAAAAAUGGCAAUGGAAAAGAACCACCAUAAAGACGAGCAAGAUAACGCCAAGGACCGAUAGGUCUCAGCUGACGUAGACAGCUGAAAUGACAAGUUCAGGGUAGCGGCACCUGUCGCUUAGGCGUACGAUAAACAGCAGUCGAUUCCGUCGGUAAUAUCACGGAAUAGCGUCAGUUAAACGCGUUGAUACGACCCAUUUUAUUUAGGCCGUAAAUUAACGUUUGUUCUCCUUUAGUACACGAAUGCAGUGGCUCAAUCCAUUGGCAAUGAGCGAGAAAAUACCGAAUCCUAGUUUGUCGAUACAUCCGUAUAUGAUCAUUUCACGUAACUAGUGUCUGGUACCAUUCGUCAAGUUAUUUUCAUUGUGUUUUACAUUAUAUAGCAACGACGCUUAUCAAAAACAGUUCGUUGAAGGGUGUGCGUGAGCUUUCAAGAGCAUUUCACAGUAAUGAAUUAUAUUAAAACGCUUGGCUAGUCCAAGUGAUUACAAUGACAUGUGGUGGCAGAUAAAAAGCGAGGAAAGGAGUUCAAAUCGCCUGUAUUCAAAUGUAUAGGAAAUUUUCUCUAAUUUAUUGAGAGAUUUAACUUUGAAUUAGUUAUAUUUUGUAUAGCGAAUCAAAUAACUGAUUACUGCCUGACAAUAUUUGGAUAUAGCGGACUAUUUGGAUAAAGCGAAGUUCCAUGCGAUUCGCGUCAAUGGUCAGCUUCGGUGGACCUUCACAGUUUAUCCAUAACAGAACAAUUAACAUGUUUCUCCCUCGGUAGUAAGUACAUUGAAAGCUUGUUCUGUUUUAGUCAUCAUGGCAGCUUCCUUUUAUCUGUUGCAUCGUCCGUGAGAGUAACGUAUUGAACCUGCCUCCACAGUUAGUUUUUUCCCUAUGAUUUAUUUACUCUUUACUGCCUCCCUGCGAGUGUUGACCGGUGUUCUCUCGUUUCGAUUUAUUACUGUUUUACCAUAUUCUUACUUAAUUUGUAUUGCAUUGCAUUCCAUAGAAACCAUCAUCUGCGGACUUAGACAUCGUUUUGCUCAGUUAAUGGUCUCCUGAUACCUGCUCCUUUUCCUCUUGCUGUACGUCUUCUGUUGUAUAAACUUAGUCACGUUACUCUGAUGCUUUUAUACGGGUAACGCUUUUCUAACAUACCGGAUGUCUCCUGUUUUCUACUGGAUGCUGAUGUGUUCUAUUGUUUCUCAGAUACCUUGUGUUAUCAUUAGCUUUUACAGUGAAAGAUGUGUUCCGCGCUUAUUUUCAAGUGUGUAUUUAAGCUUCAAAAUGAUAACAUCUAAAGUCUUAAUGAAAUCAAUCGUGGAUCUAGACUAAAUGACCAUCGUGUUUGCCUUGUUAGCAUAAUUUACGACUCUGUUCACCGGCUAAGUGCUCACCGGAAUUUAGUUUCUAGUUAAAUCGGCCCCCAAACGCACAGGUUGCUGUAUCACUCAACGCCGCAGGAUUUCCUAGGAUUUUUUUGAAAUUUGGAAAUAUAAAAGAAGUUAGGUUCCAUAUCGGGGCAUUGUAAGGCAAUAACGGCUGGUUUUGAGACGUAGUUCUAACCGAAUAAAAUAUCGCUAAGGAUUUCUGUGAGCUUUCCAUUUCGGAGUUGAACAGUAGACCGCAGCUUUUGAAAUCACUAAAGCCAGCAUAUGAGUUCCUGUGGUGAGAGUAUGUUUGUUCCCGUAUUGCAGCAGAAUUUAGAAGAAUAGAACUUUCGUACAAUGAGCGAUCGGCGCACAAGACAAAUGUUUCACGACGCAUUUUCUACGUUGUAAUAUCUAGUAAUUGAAUUGUUUUUUCUAAGCGCUGCUUCGGUUUUUGAAUAGAACGUAGAAUGUAGCUAGCUGUAUACCGAAGAGUGUAUCAAACAAAUGUCUCUGGCCUGACAAAAGCAUCGAUGCGUAAUCUUUACGCUAAAGGUUUCUCGUUCAAUGAAGGCUCGGUGUACAGAGAGAUAACUAAAUUCCAACAAGUACCAUUUCCCGAAAAGGAUAGAUUUCCACAACGUCUGCUUAGAUUUAUUACAUUUGUUCAAAUUUAGAUAGAAGACUGAUCCACUCAACCUGUUUCUACGAUGCAAGUGCUGAUUAGUGCCCCAUUAUAUUUGUACGUCAUUUUGUAAAGCUGUGAUCGUGUUUUUGUCGGGAGAUGUUGGAAUCGCUAUGGAUCUCAUUCCCUGUCAAUCAUUUAUUUCUGUUGGCAUUAUUGUAUCUACUGGAAAUCUACCACAAGGAGGCGUGAUCCAGCCGAUACGCUAUCCCAAUGUGUAAUGACUCGGUAAUGGGAAACGAUGAAAGGAGACUAAAUCCUGACCUCUAAUGUUUACACAGCAAAAUGUAAGGAAUACUGGACGUCCGUCAGGGGCUGCUUUGUUUCGUAUUUCAUCAGGGUGCCGCUGUCAGCCUGCAAAUAUUGAAACAGGAACUGGUGUCUUCUUAGGUAUUUUGUGUUCUCAGCGCCGUCUGAGCUCUGUAUCUGUAAAUCUAUUGUUCUAUCAGAACUCUGUCAUACACUACACAGACUUGGAGAGACGGUACAUUCGAAACGAAUCAAAGUGAAAUCUUAUGUCAAACUAAAGGUACAAGAUAAUGAAAUUAAAACGCUUAGAUAUUAUUAUUAAGAAUAACAAAAAUUAUUGGCAUCGUACAUACGAAUUGGGAAGUCGACAAGUAACUGGAUCAACAUGAAGUGCUCAGACUCGAAUUUGUCCUGGACUAGAUCGAAGUUACGUAGCGACUAUAUUGUAUUGUAUAGAGAUUAUAAACAUAUGCAUACGUGCACGAAGCUAAAUGAUACGUCAAAAUAUUUGUAGAUUACCGCUGAUUUUGAACAAUGUGUUGACAUCGAUGAAUCACGCGAUUUUUCACGAAGUUUUCACGAAACGGUAUAAUGUAAUUAAAAAGAUGCUUCAUUUAUGGGCGCAAAUUUGUAUACCAAAUAUUUCUCGAUCCGAUGUUAAGUAGCAGACGAUAAUAUUAACCGCAAUGCAAAACAGGGCGCUAAAAAUACACAUAGCUUAGACCACGGUAGGAAUCAAGUGGGAAGUAACAACAGUGAGAACACCGAAUCUAAUCAUGUAUAACUAAACGUCAAUUAGCAAUGUGACAACAACUAAAGCACCCCAAUAGUAACAUAGUAACAUCAUAUAUAUGGAGAACAAAAUGGACUGGAGCCAAGUUGAUGAAGCUGCAGAUGUCCUUUGAUGCGCGAGUGUUGAAUUGUAUAAUAAAAGAAGUAUAUUUAAAAAAUGACUCAAGCAGUAAAAACGAAUAAAACAAACCUGAAUUCUAGGUUGCCAAAAUUAAA